UGCUGCUGGUGAUAUCCAUCUCGUGAGUAUAUUCUCUCUCAUCUUCAAAUAUCUUUGCAACCGUACCAAACCAAAACACCAAAAAUGGCGGUUCUCAUUACUCUGUCUCUUGCCGGAGCUGGCGUCGGAUACCGGUUCUCCGACGACCUCCAGAAGCUAGGUCGUCUUCAACCCAAGCUCUAUCAAAGUCCCACCGCGCUUUUUCCUCAUAAGUGCUUGCACUGCAAGUGCUUUUGGCAAGUGCCCAGAAGCAAGAACCUAACUUUGAAGUCAAGGGAAUUGCCAAGAUUACGUUUGGCUCGCGCCAAGGAAGCUGAAGAUAGUUUCACUCCGAAUGUAAGCGAAGAUACGGACGAUAUGUUUGAUGACAUGUUUGAAAAAUAUGGAAAGGUGGUAUAUAGUAGCAAUGACAGGAAGUCUCCUAGCACAGAGCUUGAUGAUGAUGCUGAAAGCUUGUCAUUUGCUGUUGCAAUGGCCAAUGUUGCAAAUGACGUAAAAGCAGGAGAUAUAAAGGUCCUAUUUGUGAAGCCUCUUGUAUAUUGGACUCGGUUUUUUAUCAUUGCCACGGCAUUUUCUCGUCCGCAAAGUGAUGCAAUUGCGUCCAGGAUAAGAGAUAUGGCUGAGGAAAAGUAUGGAAGAGUUCCAUCUGGGGACUCAAAACCCAACUCAUGGACCCUGUUGGACUUUGGUGAUGUUGUUAUUCAUAUAUUUCUUCCACCAGAGCGAGCUUUCUACAACUUGGAAGAAUUCUACGCCAACGCAACACCCGUUGAAUUGCCUUUUGAGAACCAGUCACCUUUUCGAGGCUGAGAAAGACCUUGAAUUUACGCUGCAAAUUCAAACUUAGUGCUGUGGAUGCAUCGGAUGGCUACU